AUGCAGGCCGACAGUACAGGGUGGUCUCAUCUCGCUGGCCUGGCUCUCGCUGACCCGGACUUUCUGAGGGCGGACCCGGUGGACAUCCUCUUGAGCGCGAACGUGUACGCCGCCAUCCUCCAGACCGGGCUGCUGAAGGGCGGGCCUGGCCAGCCUGCGGCACAGCGGACAUCAUUUGGCUGGCUUCUCAUGGGGCCCGUCGGCACGGAGACUCCUCCGCGUGCUCUGACCUUGCAGUGCCGUGUUGAAGACGACCUCGCUUCUCUGGUGAGAGGAUUCUGGCAGCAGGAGGAGCUGCCUGUGGGACCCGCACCUCUCACUCCGCUCGACCAGGAGUGUGAGGACCUGUUCCGUCGCACGCAUCGCCGUCAAGACGACGGCCGUUACAUCGUGCGCCUCCCGGUGGUUGACCCGCUGCUGGACUUGACUGCUACGAAGCGCGCUGCCUUGCGCGCCCUCACCGCGACGGAGAAGAGGUUCGCUCGAGAUGACCGACUGCGCGAGCUGUACCUCAACUUCAUGCGAACGUAUGAGGAGCUCGGACACAUGGUUCGCUCGGACGCUGCAACGGGAGCCAGAGUGAGCUAUUUACCUCAUCAUGGCGUACUGCGUGAGGCCAGCUCGACCACUAAGCUGCGCGUGGUAUUCAACGGCUCUGCAGCUGGCUCCUGCGGAGAGUCGCUGAAUCGGAGCCUCCUGGUGGGCCCGAAUCUGUUACCUCCGCUCGCUGACGUCUUGCUGCGCUGGCGAUUGCAUCGCUACGUCCUGGCCACGGACGUAGAGAAGAUGUAUCGCCAGAUUCUGGUCCAUCCUGAGGACGGGGACCUCCAGCGCAUCCUUUGGCGGUAUAGCGCCCGGGAUGAAGUAGCGGAGUUCCGCCUGAACACCGUGACAUACGGCUUAGCGUGUGCGCCGUUCCUGGCCAUGCGCACUCUCCGCCAGCUGGCCGACGAUGAAGCGGACAACUACCCGCUGGCUGCUCGAGCUCUCUAUCGGGACGUCUACAUGGAUGACGUCUUAACAGGUGCCUCGAGUCUGGAGGAGGCGUUUGAGCUACGCCGACAAUUGACCGACCUGUGCAUGGCGGGCGGCUUCCCCCUGCGCAAGUGGUCGGCCAACGAGACGCGAAUCUUACAAGACGUUCCAGCGGAACACCGCAUGCAGCAGGCACUGCGAGACUGGGGACCGCACGAGACACACGGUACCUUGGGCUUGCGGUGGCAUCCCGCUACUGACGAAUUUUCAUUCACCAUCCCUGCUAUCUCUUUGACCGAGGUGACAAAGAGAUCGGUACUGUCCUUUACUGCCCGACUGUUUGAUCCUCUAGGUUGGCUGGCUCCGGCAGUGGUGCGAGCCAAGAUCGCCUUCCAGUCGACUUGGCUGAUGGGUCUCGGCUGGGACGAUCCUCUCGACGAGGGGGCGAGACAACUGUGGCGCGAGUACGAGGCUGCUCUUCCCCGUCUGCGGGAUGUACGAAUUCCGCGACGAUUGGACGCCGGUCUGUUGAGCGGUGACGUGGAGCUCCAUGGCUUUGCCGACGCCUCUGAACGCGCCUAUGCUGCUGUCACCUACUUGCGGACGGGCUCUGGUGCGUCCUGGAGGACCUGCCUUAUCGCGGCCAGGACAAAGGUCGCGCCCUUGAAACCUGUGACUCUGCCAAGGUUGGAGUUGUGCGCUGCUACACUUCUUGCAAGACUGGCGGCGCAUGUCCGAGCUACGCUCGGUCUUGACCGGACGGCGAUGCAUUUGUGGUCGGACUCUACGGUCACUCUGGGCUGGGUACGCGGCCACCCGACUAGGUGGAAGACCUUUGUAGCGAACCGCGUUGCUGAGAUUCAGACCAGGGUCCCUGACACUCAGUGGCAUCAUGUGCCUGGCCCGGAGAAUCCGGCGGACUGUGCGUCCCGCGGACUUGCGCCGGGAGAGCUGGUCCAUCACCCGCUCUGGUGGCGUGGGCUCCAGGGUUGGCUCCAGGCGGAGUCGACGUCCUGGCCGGAUGCUGAUCGGGGGACUCCUGAUGACGGCUGGCCGGAGGAGAGAGUCCGCGCGCAGGCAGCUAGGACCGCGUCCGUCGGCGUGGAGGAGCCUGCUGAGCUCUUGCGCUUCUCGAGCCUCGAUCGCCUGCUGAGAGUGACGGCGUGGUGCAGGCGGUGGCUUCGUCUUAGACCGGUUGCUGCGCCGGCGGCCUUGGAGGAUGGCCGGGAGCGACGUGGCGACGAGUUAUCGGCUGAUGAACUGGAGGAGGCAAGGAUGGCUUGGGUCCGGCGGGUCCAGGCUGACCACUACCAAGUAGAGCUGAGCGUCGUGCGACGGGGUCUGUCUCUGCCAGCGUCCGGCUCUCUUGCACGAUUUACUCCCUUUUUUGAUAGUCAAGGUCUGCUGCGCGUGGGUGAUCGCCUCAAACACGCGCUUCUCGCUUAUGAUGAGCGACACCCGGUGCUGCUGCCCGGGGACUCUCAUCUUGCCAGGUUGGUGGUGGAGGACUGCCACCGGCGAACAUUACACGGCGGAGUCCAGAUGACCCUGGGGAUGAUUCGCCAGCGAUACUGGAUCCCCCGGGGACGAGCGGUAGUGAAAACGUGGCUGCGCCGUUGCGUGGUUUGCGUGCGAUGGCGGGCCGCCAUCCCCCGGUAG